CGUCACCGCGCGCGUGGCCGGGCUGCGCAGGGGCCGCGGGCGGCGGGCGCGCGGGCGUGGGGAGCUGCUGGCCGGCCGCGCCGCCGCCCGCGCCGCGGCACCAUGUCGGGACAGCUGGAGCGCUGCGAGCGCGAGUGGCACGAGCUGGAGGGCGCGUUCCAGGAGCUGCAGGAAACGCACCGGAUCUACAAGCAGAAGCUGGAGGAGCUGACGGCCCUGCAGACGCUGUGCAGCGGCUCCAUCUACAAGCAGAAGUUGCGGCUGAAGGAUUUGAAGCGCUCGCUCCAGAGGUACAAGCGCCAUGGCAGCCGGGAGGAGGCCGAGCUGGCCCAGCAGAUGGGCACCAACAUCAAGGAGCGGCAGGACGCCUUCUUCGACAUGGAGGCCUACCUGCCCAAGAAGAACGGGCUCUACCUGAACCUCGUCCUUGGCAACGUGAACGUGACUCUCCUGAGCAACCAGGCCAAGUUUGCCUACAAGGACGAGUAUGAGAAGUUCAAGCUCUACCUGACCAUCAUCCUGCUGCUGGGGGCCGUGGCCUGUCGCUUUGUCCUUCACUACAGGGUGACGGAUGAAGUCUUUAACUUCCUGCUGGUGUGGUAUUACUGCACCCUGACCAUCCGGGAGAGCAUUCUCAUCAGCAACGGCUCAAGGAUUAAAGGCUGGUGGGUGUCUCACCACUACGUGUCCACGUUCCUGUCUGGCGUCAUGCUGACUUGGCCCAACGGACUCAUUUAUCAGAAAUUUCGCAACCAGUUUCUAGCUUUUUCCAUUUUUCAGAGCUGCGUCCAGUUCCUGCAGUACUAUUACCAGCGGGGCUGUCUCUACCGGCUGCGGGCGUUGGGGGAGAGGAACCACCUGGACCUCACGGUGGAGGGGUUCCAGUCGUGGAUGUGGCGAGGCCUCACCUUCCUCCUCCCGUUCCUCUUCUGCGGCCAUUUUUGGCAGCUCUACAAUGCCGUCACAUUGUUUGAACUUUCCAGCCAUGAGGAAUGCAAAGAGUGGCAGGUGUUCAUGCUGGCGCUCACCUUCCUCGUCCUCUUCCUCGGAAACUUCCUCACCACGCUCAGAGUGGUGCAUGCCAAGCUCCAGAAGAACAAAAGCAAAGCCAAGAAGCCCUGAGCCGGCCCUGGGGCCGCGGGCUUCCUCAGGAC